UAUUAACGGGUAAUAUUGCUGAACGAAAAUCUCUGUUGUCAUGUCACUGUCAUCAAGGACAUUUUUUUAAGAUUAAUAAUGGCUCCAGGAAAAAAAGGCAGCGUACAUGGAAAACGUUCGAACCAUCAUGUUAAACGUGACUAUGCGGAGAGAUUGAACGAUUUAAGUAUUCAGUCCUCAGAAGAGACUGAUUCUGAUGAAAGUGGAUCCAAUGAUGAAGGUGUGGAGGCUGAUUUCCCUGUCAGCAUGUGGGACUUAAACCAUUGUGAUCCUAAAAAAUGUUCCGGCAGAAAACUGUUGCGACAUAACCUCAUAAAGAAUUUAAAACUUGGUCAGAGAUUCCAGGGCCUUGUUCUAUCACCAGUUGGUACCCAGUGCGUUAGCCCGAAUGAUAAGGAUAUCAUUGAGAAGUUUGGACUUGCUGUUAUAGAUUGUUCAUGGGCUAAAAUUGACGAGACCCCCUUUGGGAGAAUGAAAUCACCACAUCCAAGAUUGCUUCCAUUUUUAGUCGCAGCUAAUCCAAUAAACUAUGGAAAACCGUACCAGCUGAGUUGUGUAGAAGCAUUAGCAGCAGCUAUGGUAAUAACUGGGCAUAAAAAAGAGGCACAAUUUUAUUUAUCAAAGUUUUCAUGGGGCCACUCUUUCUUAGAGCUUAAUUCUGAAGCUUUGGAGUUGUACGCAGCCUGUACAGACAGUAAGAGUGUGCUAGAAGCCCAGGAAAAGUAUUUAGAAACUGUAAAGAAUGAAAAGGAUGACAGACAAAUGUGGCCUCCGAGUGAAUCUGAAACUGAAUCUGAUAGUUCAUAGUAUUUGUUAUAAGACUUGAAUUUAAUAUAAUGAUUGUUAAUAAGAUUUGUAUAAUAAACUUAUCGAAAAUACCAGUUAAGGUACAAUUGAUUGUAUGUUGAGA